AAGUGUGUCAACAAAAACGUGCAGCACCGGCAGCAGCAGCAGCAGUCAAAACAACUCAAAACACAAUUGUGCUAUAAUAAUAAAAAUUGGAAACAUAAAAUUUUGAUAGCUUGCAUCUUAUCGCUUAAAGCAACACAUAAUGAAUUGAUUAUAGUUCCAAAAAAAAUCAUGGAAAUAAAAUCAAGUUUGUUUUCCGACGCCUUUGGCUUACAUGUAAAGAACAACGAUCUGCUGAUAGGUGUGGGUAACCAGGCAUUUUUGUACACAAAAGGUUCCCGAAUUGAACUUCCCCAGAGAACACGGAACAAGAAAGUUCAUGGUUUUGUACAUAGCUCCUCCGAUGAUUUAGUACUACUAUAUUCGGAAAAUGAAUUCUAUAUAUUUCUAUAUCAUUCAGAGGAAGGCCAAUUUCAAUUAGUUUAUGAGGGCGAAACCAAAGACUGGAUAAAUGCAGCUACAUUUCUCGAGAAUGAAGAAAAAACUCGUUUUGUGUUGCACAUGGCCCAUAGUACGGUUCUUUAUCUACAGUGGAUCAGCAACUCAUCCUCACUACAGGACUCUGUGGAUUUGGAUUCAGAGAAAAAGUAUAGUCAAAGAGGAGACUGCAUUGUGCUGGAAUUGGCAUGUUGCACCGACUACUCCAUGCUGUAUUAUACUUGUCUCCAUGGCUCUACCUAUGAUCAACUUGUGAUAAUGAGCGGCAAUGCAUUUGGUGAACUACUAAUCUGGCGGCCUCAAUUUGCCAUUGCUAGAGAUGAUGAUGGCAAUGAAGUGUCUGGUUCGAAAACUUAUCCACUGCUCUUACGUCUACAGGCCCACAAUGGAGUAAUACUAUCUAUAGCUUACAAUGCGGCCAAACAGUUGCUAAUCACUACAUCGGAUGAUCGUUCCGUAAAGUUUUGGCGUGUGGCAAACACUGAAACUAAAGAUUAUGUGGAUUGGAAGACACCAAAUAGUGUCAGUCCCAUGUUUAGCUGCUUUGGGCAUACUGCACGAGUAAUGUGUUCUAUUGUAAUGGAAUAUGGUAACGAUAUCUAUGUUGCAAGUGGCGGUGAGGAUUCGUAUAUGUGCAUUUGGAAUAGCUCUGGGGAAUUGCUAUUGAAGCGUCGUCAACAGUUUGGCGCUCCAAUAUGGCAAUUAGCUUAUAAUCCUACUACUUCGACUAUUUACAGUGGUGGCUCGACGGGGAAUGUGCUCACAUAUAAUGUUAAAGCACUUCUGGAAGGAAAAACAAAUAAUCAAUUAACACAAUUGUGUCCCCUAGACUCGUUUAUAGAAACCAAAAAUGAAUUUAUUGGCAAUGUGCAGUUUCUAAGUCAUACAACGAUUAUUGGUCUCAGCAAUAGAAAUCGUUUGUUUUUCAUUAAUUUGUUCACUGAUUCGUUGGAAUCACAAAAUUGGCAAUUGCUUGAUAAUUUUCCCUCUUAUAAAUGCACUGUUCUCGAAACUAAAAAUGAGAUAAUUGCUACUUGUGGCUAUCAAAGAGUCACCCUGCACAGAUUCUCUGUGAAAAGUCAGCAAUUGGAACAACUUUUUGAUGGUCCACGACUUAAGGGAACAAUAAGAAGUUUCCAUUUUCUGGCCACAGACCUUUAUCUUGUAUCCGAUGAUUUAGGAAAUUGUGAAUUAUUGAAGGGUAACGAUCUGCAUGUGGAAGCAGAGAUAUCGCUUGUCCAUUGUCGUGAACCCUGGAUAACAGCUGCAUUGCUUGUGUCGCCAAAAAUUCUAUUGCUAAGCAAUCGCAAUGGUUUAAUAAUGCUUUUCAUCCGUAACACCGGACAUAAUCAGGAGUUUACACUAAUUAGCCAAUUGAAGCAUAUUCAUGGUAACAUGGGUUCCACCUUCUUAAACUUGGUAACACUUACAAGCAAAGAAGCUUGCAUUUUGAGUGGCGGUCAUGAGCCUCUUUUGAAAUAUCUUCGCUUGAACUUAAACGAUUAUAAACUAACAAUUUCUUUACGUAAAUGUGUUCCACUCGCCUGGAUUGAAGCAUCAUUGUCCGAUGAUAUUGUACUUGGUUUCAAUGACAAUCAUUUCGUGGCAUGGUCCCAAGAGCAAGAUGUCCUCAUCCAGUUGCAAUGCGGCGGUGGUCAUCGUUGUUGGGAUUAUCAUUUGCUGGAUAAGGAGCUUCACAUCAUUUUUGUUAAACAGAAGCAAGUUUUCUUUCAUCAUUAUCGACUUUGCGAUAAAGAAUCUUCCCAGGGAAUUAGUAUUCCGCGAAAUAGAUGGCACACACGCAGUUGCAACUCUUUGCGACUCCUUGGCCAGAUUGUUUCGACUGAUUCGGCGCAUUUUCUUGCAUCGGCUGGUGAUGAUAAUGUUAUAAAAAUUACAAAAUAUUUCGAUGGCAAUGCCAUCCAAUGUGCUGAAGUGCACACUCAUAUCUCAAGUGUACGACACUUGACGAUUUAUCCCCUUAAAUCGAAAAAUUAUCUUGCUUCGUGGCUUAUAUUCUCGGUUGGUGGACGGGCACAGCUUUGCAUUAAUCAGAUUGAUAGAACCCAAUCCAAUGACUGCCGGAUUACUGAGCUGUCCUCACAUACUCUGCGAAAUCCAACUGUCGCCGAUAAUGGUGUCGUGGAAGCCCGUCUAAUGGCCAUUGAUGUGUCCCGCGAUGCGUCAUCUGGUUAUUUUAUGCUAUAUAUAGCUAAUGCUGAUGGUAAAAUUACCAUACAUCGUUGGCAAAUAGAGAAGCCCUCUACCCUAGAGUUUCUACACCAAAUUGACUUGCAUCGAUGUCCACUUCAGUUGCGUUGGCUGCCUGAUCCCAGCCUUCUUCUGAUUGCCACCACGAAUGGCGAGAUUUAUGUUUACGAUAAUGAAUUCAGAACAAAAAUGUUGCAGUUCCAGUUGCAUGAGACGGGAGUGAAUACUUUGGAUGCAUACGUUGAUCGUGACAAUAUCCAUAUUUUAUCAGGCGGCGAUGAUGAAAAUGUUAAGCACACAACUAUUAAUUUAUAUUCCAUGGAUAUCAACCAAAAGGCUUUUGCCGCCCUACACAAUGCCCAAGUGAAUGCUCUUGCUCUAUACUGCCAUUCCAAACCGGACGGAGAGAAGACCGAUUUGUUUGGAUUUACUUGUAGUAUGGAUAAACAAAUCUAUCGAAUCAAUUUACAAACUAGUGAAUAUUUUAGAGUUGGUUAUACGUGUAUUGAUGAUAUCAAGGGAAUAUUAAUAGAUGAAAAUCAAUUGGCCUAUUUAUACGGCUCUGGAUUGCAAGUACUACCUCUUAGUUGACCAAGUCAACUAUUUAAAUACUAUACUAGGUAUAGUAAAUGUAGCUGGUUUCAAAGCAAACGACUAGAUUUAAGCAACAUGUUAUAGUUGUAAGUUUUUUCUGAAAUAAAAAAUA